AUGCGUUUCAAGGACUUUGAAGCUGAUUUCAAAUCUGGUUUUGGUGACCUGCCUUUGCAAACUAAUUUUAGGGGUUUGGAAAGGUCAGCGACAAGAAUUCUUACUGUUGAGGUUUUUAAUUUGUUUGUCCCUGUGAUUAGCCUUGCAUCAGAGAUGAUUGUGACAGAAUUCAAACGUGCCACGGGAGAUAAGCGUUACAAGGUUGUACAAUAUAGAAUGGAGUCCAAGGCUUGGAAUGUUUACUAUGCCCCAGUUUCAGAUGACUUCAAGUGUUCCUGUGAAAAGAUGGAGACGUAUGGGCUUCCAUGCGAGCAUAUAUUGGGUGUUCUUGUUUUUCUCCACAUAACUAAAUUGCCUAUUUCUAUGGUCUCAAAACGAUGGACUAAAGGUGCAAAGGAUUGUUAUAACGGGGAAGUAAUGGGAGGCUCAAUAUUUUGGGAAUCUGAAGUGAUUGUUAGGUAUGUUUGGCUUGUAGAGUCAUGCAGAGAAUUGUGUACCCUAACUAGUAAGAGUGUUGAAAAUUUUAACAAAGUCAAGGAAAAAUUUGCUCAUGAAAUACAUUUAUUAAAAGACAAUUCUGCAUCAGAGGAUGAGGACAACUUUGAUGCCACUGUUGCUGGUUUGGGGAAAGUUAAUAACACGGGACCUGUUAGGAGGCCUCGAGUUCAUGCAAGAGCGUCAGCUUCUGGAUUAAGUACCAAGCGUACCAUUAGAUGCACCGCGUGUAAGGUGGCUGGGCACAACAGAUUGACUUGUCCUUUGUUAAGAGACAUUGACUAUGAAAAUCACAGCUUUGAAAGGGAUGAGGAGAAUGAAAGUAUCUGUGGGGAAGAUGAAGAUGAUGACUAUGAAGAUGAUGACUACGAAGAUGAUGACUGUGGUGAAGAUCACUAUGCAGAUUAA